AUGGAGCUAUGUAGCCGAAUCGCAGACAAGCCGCCAAACGCUGUCUGGCGAAAACUUGGGAAUUUCCAGCGGGCCAAACCCUUCGCGAUUCGGCUUCGAGGAUUCUGUGAUGUAACAGAUGGCAUGACGCCUGAGAAUGCUACGCAGAUCCGCACGGCUGUGACAACACUCGCCCCUGAGAGGGUCGACUAUCGGGAUCGAUGGUAUUAUAAAGAGGCAUCUACGUCUAUGCGUAUUUCCAAGCAACGGUUUCGAGAGGAUGGGUUACUACGACCAUUUGGGCACCCACGCGGUGGAUUUAAUGUGCCAAACCCAUCUAAUAGCUGGGCAAUGCGUGAUCAAGAGAAUCCCUCCGCGGGAUGGCCAAAUAUGGAUAUUAAACAAACGCCAUCUCUGGCGCCAAACGACUGGUACGGGGUGGCCAAUAUCUGCGAUGCUUAUUAUUUCGGAAUCCGCGAUACGCUUGAAAUGGAUGAACCAGGGAGUUUAACUGAGGUGGCGAGUGUUUUGGAGCGCACCACUAAAUAUCUUCCUAUUCCAGUCGGUUCCGAUGUCGACGAGAAUUUCGAAAGAUACAUGGCGUACGGGUUUAAGCAAAUUACGGCUGACUUGAACGUUGAGAUGAAGAAGGUUCACACCAUCGUUGAAAAGUGGCUAACCCGGCUGGAGCUUCAGCUAGGAGAAAAGGGGGCCAAAGAAGAGUUUCUUAUGCUCUUGGGGUCUACAUUCACAGGCACUGAGCGUCAUGUGGAAUGGAGGGGAGUUGAAUAG